CCGAUUAUUUUAGGAAAAUGACCACUGAAACUAAUUGUCGAUUCGUACUGGAACGAAUUAAUAUUCCAGACAGGAUUUCCCUCGAUAAAUUAUACCAUACAUAUACCUGCGGUAGAGCUAAAGACAAUGAAAUAGUAUGUCUUAGCUUGACAGUUUCCCGUCAUCAUUGUAUUUUUUUUCACAACAGAGAUGGGCUGUACGUCACAGAUCUGAAGAGCGCUAAUGGUUUGUUCAUAAACGGAGUUGCCCAACAGCCACUUCAGACAGUUCAGUUACGCGUGAAUGACAUUAUUGGGAUUGGCUGCCCACAGUUAAAUACAUAUGAUAAGUCCAUGUUCGCGUACAAAUUACACAUAAUAACGCAACCACAAACGAUAGAAAGUAACAACGCGAGUAUUCUUUCGAAAACUGUAUUGAAUAUUAAAAAUGUGCCUGAAAGCUACACGUCGAAUGAAAAAUUCGAUGCAACGGUUAAACGUAAGAGGGAACGAGAGAAUCGCGAUACGAAGGAAAUACCGAAUAAGAUACCGAAAUUGGAGGACGCGAACCCUAGUUUAGAGGAGGAAAGUUUAGACGUUAGCGAUAUCGAAGUCAUCCACGUUUCGUUGAACAAUAGCGCAUCGAAGCACGUUAAUGACAGUUGUGACAUCGUCACAAGAAACGCCGAAUUUAAUAUGGUAGAUGUAAAUAAACAUACAGAUAACGAUAUGUUGAAAAUAAGUAAUAGUGUACAGGAUACAAGACAGAUCCAGUCGGUAGCGAAGCACAAGGAGGAAUCCAACAAACCUGUAAAUUCUGAGAAUGUACAAUUACUCGUAUCGAGUAAUCUGAAUAAUAGGGGUAAAGGAAAAGAGAAUUCUGUCGUUGCUUCUAAAACUAUGGACCGAACGAACAAAAGUAUUGCUCAAGAUGUUCAGAAAUCUGUGCAGAAACCCAUGGUGAAUAGUCACAAUGUUGGUAGUACUCGAUCCAGAAGGAAAACGAAAAAUGUAAAUUGCGACCCGGAAAAAGUCUCGAACAGCCUCAACGAAACUUGCAAUAAUUUAAAUAAAAGUGUAACAUCGAACCACGAUGCGAACGAAGGUACCGCCGAAAGCGCCGUAGCGGAAUAUGUACUUCCAUUAGGUUCGAAGUUCAUAUGCAAUGGAGACGCGGUGAUAAAACUGGAAAACGAGAUACAGUUAACCGACGACGACGAGGAGGCGAUUUUGAACAGUGCAGCUAAGUGUCCUGUUAAGACGAUAUCUCCAAUAAAAUUGAAGAUGGUACAGCAAGAGCCGAAAACGCAGUUUUCGGAGGUCGAUGUUGUAAAUUUAAGCGACAGCGAGUGUGAUAUAUUCCCGUGUUCCCAGCUGUUCGAUAUUGGUUUCGGUAUGAACACGUCGAUAAAACCCGAAGUUAAAGAGGAACCCGCUGAAUCGGACAGCGAGAGGUUCAAGAGGCUGGACGACGAGGAUUUAGUUAUCUCGCUAACGGAUAGCGAGGACGAGGACAAUAACUGGUUACGGCGACUGUCUCGUAGUCAAACGCUUAACGACGACAGCGAAAAUAUAGAAGUUAAAAAUGAGGAUACGAAUUCGAACACGGACGCCUUGGAAUUGGGUAACGUCGAUAUCGAGGUGCCUGCUUACGAUUUUAACGAGGCUGUAAAUAAAAUGCAGACGGAUGUAGAUACGAGAAGUAAAGUUGACAAAGAAUCGGAGAAGCCUGCACAGGGAAAAGACACUUUGAAGGAGUUGCGCUCGUUGCGUGUGUGCAUAGAAAGAACGGUAAUCGAUUCCAGAGAUGAGGUUGCGAAGAGCGUGGAAUGUUCCAGCAGUACUCAUAAGAAAUUUUUCAAAUUUUCGAGGGACAAAGGUCUCUCGUUGGACCGAAGCAUGGAAACUCCCGUGACGCCGACGAGGAAGAAAUCGUUAGAGAGGAAGGUACCUCAGAUAGAACCCGGUCAUAUGCCUAUGAGAAGGCGAAGCAGUAGCGCGAGCAAAGCGCAACAAACUCUUCCGAAGCCCAUGAAACAAAGGCUGUCUUCCAAGGAGAAGAAAGAAUUGAAAGAAAAAUCGAAACUGGAACAGUACGAGUUCGCGAAAGACCAAGUAUACCGGAGGAAGCUUCACAAGUGGGCCGAGUGCCUGCCGCCCGGUAGAAUUAAAACAAGCACGCCUCUUACCAAAGAAGAAAAGAGGGCGUUAGCGGACGACAGGAAGAAGAAAUUGAAACAAAUCGCUAUGGAGGAGAGACGAUUGUCGUUGGAGAGCAAUAAAGAGAAGAAACGUGUCGUGACGAAGCCAAAGGCGAAGGUAUCGUUGAAGACACGAAGCGACUUGCUCGUGGAAGACACGAUUUCAGCGUCCAAGCCCGAACUGCCCGAAAAACCCUCGACUUCGGUUAAGUCGAAGAUGGCCGAGUCCAAGAAAAGUAAAAACGCGACCAACAAACUGUCGAUGCGUAUGCAGUCGAUGACGUUGAUAGAUCUGAAUAAAUUGGGGAAAAUACCAAAGAAGAGUAGCAAAGCUCCGGAGGAAACAGUUACCACGCCGCGAGAGGCAACCGAAGAUUCCUCGUUGGUGACAAUGAUGCAGGAACCGAUGGAAAUUAACAGGGAUAGAUUUAAAAUACGACCGAAAUCCGUCGCGAAAUUGUCGGAAAAUAAAGAUAAAUCGUCUGUGCCUUGCACGUCCACCGCUAAUUUGCAGGAUCCGAUAAAAAAGAAACGAGUAUCGUUCUCCACAGUCUUGCAAACCGUACGGGUAUACGAAAUCGAGGAGACGAACGUUCUGAAGAAGCUGAAAGGCAAGGAUGCUCCUCUACCUCCGAUCAGAGCAUCGAGAAGGGUAAUGGAAAACGAGAAGAUACACGAAUUUCUGCUGCGUAUUUUCUCUUGGAAUCCAGUUUGGCUGGAGGAGCAAGAGCGUCUAAAUUCUACGCCGCCCGUUGUGACCCUCAACGAGCUGCACGUUAUGUUGACGCAUUACAAAUCGUACGACGAGUAUUGCAGCGUGAUAUCGCCCCUACUGUUGCUGGAAACUUGGUACGGUAUAACCAAAGAAUUCCAGAACAUCGAGCAAGACUUCAGAAGGCCCACGUUGAUGUGCUCCAUAGUCGAGAACUCCAUCCAAACGAACAUGAAGGCCUCGAACGUGUAUUUGACCAAUCUGAUGCUCGAGGUACUGUCCACGAAAGAGGACAUACAGAGGCAGGCUCAUCCUGUUUACGGCGAUUUAGUAUUUUUCGAGUACGUUAAAAAUCACGAGAAAGGUCAGACCUUUCACAAAGUAUUCGCGUACGUCACGGACGUCCACCAAACGACAUUGACGGCGUGGACGCACUACAACAAAGAUUUGAGGCAUUAUGUAAAAAAUCCUUACGCGUUGUUGACGUACACAAUGUUAACGAAACCCCUAGGUCCAGAUAUUCUGGUGAAUCGCGUCCAACGACUAAGGGCGGUGACUUAUUUGCGGUCCACGUUGCGAAUGGUCCGGGCGCUGGAAUGUCUACCGAAUUCGCCGCUGAUGUUCGCCAUUUUAAGCCCGAAGAUCGAAAUGUACCACUUGCCCAACGUGUCCGCGUUGGAGGCGAUGAUAACGCGCGACAAUUUGAACCAGAAACAGCUGGAAGCCGUUCACAAGAUAACCAACGUCAUAGUGCAGAAACAGGCGAAACUGUGUUUCGUUCAGGGACCGCCGGGCACCGGUAAAUCGAAAGUAAUCGCGAAUAUUGUUACGCAGGUGCUGUACGGAAACAACAGGUACGCGAACAGCGUCGGUCCAUUGAGAAUAUUGGUGUGCGCCCCGUCGAACGCAGCCAUCGAUGAAAUUACCCUGAGGCUGUUGCAAAUCAGAUCGAACAUGAAAAACGUGAACUACAAAGGGUUCAAGAUGGUGCGGAUCGGUAGGUCGGACUCGAUGCACCCGGUCGUGAAGGAUAUAUCCGUAACCGAGCUUGCGAGACGCGAGGUUAAGAGAACGACGACCAACACGAACAGCAUUCCUCUUGACAGCGUGGACGAGGAGAAGGCGUUCUUGGAAUCGAAAAUGAACGCUCUGAAAUGCGAGAUCGCGAACACCCAGAAGAUGGACGAGAUUUACCACAGGCACAUUCGAAUGAAGUUGGCGGACGUGACUGCCAAGUACGAGUUGCUGAAAUGCCGUAGACCGUUGAACGAAAUAAAUUCGAGGGAACUGGCGAAGAUACAACGCGCCGCGGAGAACAGAGUACUUUCACACGCCGACAUAAUAACGUGCACGCUAUCGUCCUGCUACAACAAUCAAAUGGAAUCUGUCUUCGUGGCCGAUAAAAGGAGGAUAUCUGUUUGCAUCGUGGACGAGGCUACGCAAAGCUGCGAGGCGGAGAGUUUGAUACCGUUGAUGUUGGGUGUGUCCACGUUGGUCCUGGUCGGCGAUCCGAAUCAGUUACCCGCUACCAUAUUAAGUCCACAGGCAAAGAAAUUGGGACUGGAUCAGUCCAUUUUCUCGCGCGUGCAAAACGCCUUUGAAUUCUCAUCGACCAACCCUAUCAUCAUGCUGGAUACGCAGUAUCGAAUGCCGCACGAGAUCUCCUCCUGGCCAAAUAAAUUCUUUUACGGCGGUAAAUUGAAAACCGCCAUAGCGCGAAACCAAACCUUCCCGUUCCAUGCCUAUCGAAUACUCAACAUUAAAACGAGCCAGAACAACGACAAUUUCUCGAAUACCGACGAGGCACAGUUUGUAGCCAACAUGAUUUUCUCUAUGUUCUCUUCCGCCAAUUUAGAUAAGUGGGAAUGCAUAUCGGUUGGCAUUCUCACGCCGUACAACAAUCAAAAAUCUAUAAUACAAGAGAAGAUCAAUGAAAAAAUGUCUUUGUUGUCGGAAAGUCUUAAGAAAAAGGUGAAGUUCGAAGUAAAUACCGUUGAUGGAUUUCAAGGUCAGGAACGUGAUGUUAUUAUUAUGUCGUGUGUUCGAAGCCAGAGGAUCGGAUUUUUAUCCGACAGGCAAAGACUUUGCGUCGCUCUCACGCGAGCGAAACACAGUCUGAUAAUGUGCGGUAAUUUCAAUGUCUUUAUGAGAGAUCCAAUGUGGAAUUCGAUGCUAUCAGACGCGAAAUCUCGCAAGAUAUAUUUUAAUGUUAAUGCAAAUGCCAAUCCUCAGGAAAUAAAAGUACAUGUUGUUAAGAGAUUCAAUUGUUAG